AUGCCUCUGAUCUUGUAAGCUUCAAUCAUAGUGACUCUGAGGACUGUCAACUUCUCCUAGGGCAGAUUACCCCCCAGUGCGCCAAACGCCAUAGCUCACUCGUUAGCUACGGAAUCGAGUGAUUCAACUUUCAGUGGAAAGCUGACGCUGCCAGCUACAACAUAUCCGAUUUUCAGAUCGUUUCACCGAUUGGAGUUUUUGAUAUAGCUAUUCGAAGGGUCGCGAGUUUUCUGGGCGUCAUAACGAAGUGCUGCAGAAAUUUCCAAGGAGCCAUUGAAUCAUCUGCUUAUAGCCUUCUCUAACCAACAAGUGGUAUCAGAGCCUAUUAUCACGCAUUUGGGACCUAAAAUACGAUGGGAGAUAAAGGAGGACUCUGGUGGAGGUGAUACUUCAGUCCAAGGAGGCAGCUCAACCCAAGAUUCUGGCAUUGCAGCGCCAAAGGGGAGCGCGUACAAGCCAGGGGUCACUGCUUAAGGAGGUGCUGAAGAACUUCACCAUUGAGAAGUUCUCUGGAGAUGGCUAUGAUGAUUGGGCAUGGAAGAUGCAGCUCUACUUUCGACAAAUUGGCCUCUUGAAGCUCAUGAUUGGAACGGAGCCAAGGCCAAAGGAAAUGGCAGAGCAAGCGGACUGGGAUGAACGUUCAUCUGCUGGGUACUAUCUACUGUCACAAAGCUUGGAGCUGAACCAGAGGCAUCACAUCAUGCAUCUGCUACCGGAAAUUGAUUGUGGGCCCAAGGCAUGGGCAGUGCUCAAGGACCUGCACGCUCCGACAUCGGUUGCCGCUUCUCUCAUGCUGGAUCGGGAGCUGUCCAUGCUGCGGUUGAGCGAGAAUGAACCUGUGCAGCCCGUACUGGACAAGAUGAGGGAACUCUACGCGAAAUUGGCGAUUGCAGGCAUCACGUACCCAGAGCAGACAAAGUGUCUCAAGAUGCUCAGCCUGCUGCCGGAGUCUUGGCUGCAAUUUAUAAGCGGACUCAGCUUGCCACAAAACCAAAGUCAAUGGACAUUGGAGUGGAUUCGCACCAAGAUUCUGGAAGAAGAUUUUCGUCGCUAUACACUGCGCGGAGGUGAUGACAGCACCAGCGGCUAUGCCAUGCAAGGGACAUGGAGGGAUCGAGGGCGUGGCAAUCGCGGUCGCUCUUACCACAGCCAAGGUGGUCGCGGGACUUGGAACCAGCGGGGGCGUGGUGGCGCUGGUGCAAGAGGAAGAGGUGGUCACUCCAACAAUGACAACAGUGAACCACGCUUGAGGGGAGAGUGCUGGUAUUGCAAGGAAGAAGGGCAUCCAUGGUUUCGCUGCCCUACCAAGCCCGACUGGUGGACCCCUUGGAACCAAUCGCAGAAGGGGAAUGGAGGAAAGCAACCACAUGGAGGUGCCAACAUGGUAGCUGAUCCUGCUGAAGAAACCUCCAAGGAUGACAGAGGAAUGCGAAAUGAGGAGAGGAAUGCUGGACAGUUCUACCAUGUGUGUGACAAAGAUGACAGUGGCACAGCUGUUGCAAGGGCUGGAGAGGAAUUGCACCCGCUUGACAUGUGGGUCAUGGACUCUGGUGCUGCAUGGACAAUGACACCACGCAAGGACUUGCUGGAUGCUGUGCGAGCGCCUCCAAUCUCUGAAGUGCGCUCAGCAUCCGGACAUGCAGUGAAGGUCGCUGGAGUUGGUCGAGCUGCAUUCAGAGCACCUGAUGGUGGACUGGUUGUGCUGAAGGAUGUGUUACUCGUACCGGGGCUGAAGGCCAACCUGAUAUCGCUGCGCAAGCUAGGCCAGGCCGGAGUCAGCACCACCACCAAUGGAUCCAAAACAUUCAAGGGGCUGCGAGGAGAUCGUGUGUUAUGGGAUUUACACGAAAGCAGAGAUGUCUUCAGAUCCCAUGUGGCAGAUCCCUGCACUGAUAUGGGAAUCAACAAAGAAGGAGUUGGGAGAAGUAAAGGCGGGUUCUGGAGUCCAGGGGGAGUGUAAUGCAGUUAGUGCUGCAGGAGUGACG